AUGGCGUUAACUCUACCUUUACACUUUUUUGAUGGCCUUUGCCGCCUUUUGCCUCCACGUUUUUCUACAAAUCCUUCUACAAGCGAACAGAAUCGUUUAAUUGAACAUUUGGCGGUUCAUUGCUCAAUUUUUGAUCAGAUUCGUUGGCGUCGAGUCUCCAAAACCUUCCAGCGGGCUAUUGAUAACAGACUGCGUCAAUUUACCCGAAUCAAUGUUCGUUGCUACAAUGGACUAGCACAAAUGUGUGAGGAAUGUGAGGGAAGUGGAUCUAUUGGAGGGAAAGAAGGCUGUCUAGACUGGCAUCCUUAUGCAAAACUUGUACUUGUCCAAAUGGGUGGAAAUGAGCUUGGAAUAGCUGUAGAUACAAAAAUGCGACAUGGAGAUGUGCUUGCUCUAGUUCAAUUGUUAACAGCUUUUCGCCAUUCUGUUGAGCAAUUGUGUAUGGAUUCGCCGAUUAUUGAAUUGCUUGUUUCACAGGUUUCUUUUUUUGUAGCAAAUUUGUUAUUAGGAGGACUUGGGAAGAAAGGAUAG